AUGUUCAGCCGACGUCCGCCAUCCCGACCGCACCGGCCGUCGGCUAUACUGCCCAACACUGACCGGCAAUACGUGAUCAACGAUUUCUACAUCGAAGAGUACGAGACUUCGCCCAAACCCUCGGCCCACACCACCAGACCGUUAGCGCUGCCAACCGGUGGACAGCCAUCGUAUCGAUCCACCACAUCUAAAUUCUGUGACCAUAACUACGUGGACACUGUCCUGUGGGACGGACACGAAUACCGUGUGACCAGAAAUGAAUGGAUUGGCACAUAUAAUCAAUGGACAGGCAAUGUAUCUCAAUUUGUUCACAAAAGCAUCGAGGACUUUCCAGAUGAAAGGGGCUAUUACUACCUUUCUGGUUACCACAUACCCAACGUACCGGACUGUACCGACACAUCCACGGCUUGUCAGCUAAUCCGCCAAUUAAUUAACAUCACGGUGUAUUCAAUACGUACAGAUCAAACCCAUUAUAUAAUAUAUACGAAACCGAAGCUUCUGUACCCGAAAAUGAGUUUCAACUCAUUUUUUAAAAGCCAUUUAAGGUCGGCGUCGGAGGACAGGACAGACACACCCGUCCAGCGACACAAACCAUCCGUGUAUUUACCCAAUGAUCAUCUGUUUAUACAUGUGAUCAACAAUUGUCAGACUUAUGGCCCGGUUCUGGAGGUAAUUGAGUUGAGUGGCGCCGGGCCUGAAGGCGUGGCCACUAUUGAGCGCUCGUAUCACCGAUUGUUAACCAACAAUAGCCCGGAUAUUGUAUUUACAACAGCUUUUUGGUGGAUAUUUGACCACAAGUUGUAUAUUGUUGGCGAGCAUAGGCUGGGCUUCGGUGAUGCCCUUGUUUAUGAGGUGUGUGUUGAUAUGGGCAACAAAACCAACAUGUUUGUUAUAAAGCCAGUUUUCAUACGCAACGCAAUGUCAAUCUUUACACCGUAUGGACCCAAACGCUACACCAAUUUGCCCACAACUAUGGCCGGCAAAGUGGUCGUCAUUACAGGUGCCAACUCCGGGAUCGGCAAAGUUAACGCAACUCUGUUCGCUAAACUGGGAGCUAAAGUAGUGAUGGGCUGUCGCGAUAUGGCUAAGGCCUACAUAGCGGCUAUGGAUAUCCGUACUGAGGCCGGCACCGAUAUGGCCAAAGUGCUAGUCAUGAAACUGGACUUAUCAUCGCUGGUAUCGAUCCGUGAGUUUGCCAAAGCCCUGUCCGAUGUGGUCGAUCACAUCGAUAUACUAGUAAACAACGCGGCCGUUAUGUUUUGCCCCAAUUGGCGCACUGACGAGGGUUUUGAGAUGCAGUUUGGCACUAAUCAUCUUGGUCACUUUCUACUAACCCACCUGGUAAUGGACAAAUUGAUGGCCGCACCGGACGGCGCGCGUAUAAUAAACGUCUCAUCCAUGGCUCACAUGAUCGGCGAAAUCAACUUUGAGGACAUCAACUCCGACCAGUCGUACGGCAAAUACCGGGCCUACUUUCAGAGCAAACUGGCCAACGUGCUAUUUACCCGGGAGUUGGCCCAACGGCUACAUGGCACAGGGGUCCGAGCCUAUUGCUUACACCCGGGCAAUAUGCGUAGCGAUCUCUACAAACACCUAUAUGGUUUCUGGGGCGUUAUAGCCUGCUUUAUGGGGCCGUUUUGCUUCAUGUCGGCCGAAAUGGGCGCCCAGACCACCCAUUUCUGCGCUCUGGAAGUAUUGGUGGCAGACGACUCUGGCUAUUAUUACAGCAACUGCAAGCGAGUGACCCAAAUGGUGGGCAACGCGGUGGACGACGUGGUGGCCGAACGGCUUUGGGACCUGUCGUGCCGUUUAGUCAAACUCGAGGCCAUGUAUAAUAUAAUAUGA